GAAAGUGGCCCGUGCACCUCCUUGAAUUGAAAUGGUCACUGAGCUUCCCAGGACCUCUUGCCAGGGUCUUCUUUCACCUUUACAUGUAGUUAACACUUACUUCGCCGUCAAGCAUACUACUUAAUUAUUGGUUUUGCAGAGUCCUGGCAGCAUAAAUUCUGAAACGUUCUUUCCAACGAAAUAAAUUUUCUACAAGGCAAAGCUAAUCUCACGAAUCGAAGCCAAGAUGGAUAAAACACCCAUUAUCCAUGCCUAUAGACAUCUCUACCGUGAGCUCCUCCGGGCAGUCCAAUUCGCACCGCCACACAGGUACACCGUCCGCGACCAGCUGAGGGCGUCGUUCCGCGACAAGAGCGCGGUGUGGGACUCGGAAGUGUCCAAGAGGACACUUUGGUUUAUACAGGCGGCUCGCAGAGAGGCCGGUAUUGAGCACAAAGUCCUCAAGAACCUCGUUCGCGUGGCGUAUGAGAGGCAGCAUAUGGAUACGUGGAAGGUCAGCUACCGCAAGGACUCGGAAUCUCGGAGCAAGGACGUCAUCCAAGAGGCCAACAACAUGAAGGCUACAGCGUAUAAUCACUAUGACAUGACGGUAAAUAUGCUGAACAAGUCGAUGGGCAUUCGACUGAGGUGAUGGUCUCGAGCAAGUCACAAUACUCUUAGCCGAGUUUUCACUGUCACGCUUGCAGCAGAUUUACUCAUUCCUGAGGCUCUCAAGCUCUUGUAUCAUACUGGAACAUACAGGCAUUGAAGGUCCGAGACGACGGCGGGACGACGGAACGGAACACGAUAAGCCCGAGAGAGCGCGACGCAGUAGGUGUUCUCAUAUCCGAGGGUAAGCUA